AUGGGGCUAAGCGCGCUUCGUAGAGUGCUAAUUAGCCUCUUCAUCGCCCAUUUGUCUGUCGCCUUGAUCAGUGAAGAGGGCCGUGAAUACUGCACAGGAAAAGGCUCUAUUUGCGAAGCAUACAACAAAGUCGAUCGAAAGUGCAGAGAUGAGACCGGCCCCAAGUAUUAUGACUGCACAUGCAAGUCAGGAUGGGUUCCUUUACAGAAAGCUUGUUACGAUUGCAGAAGCGUCAUGGGCGAAUUCAUGUUCGACACAGACGAGAGGAACCGAGCGAGCUGCAAAGAAGAUGGAUAUAAGGUUGCGCCAAUCCCUUCCAGCAUUAUCUCUCAGCAAAAGGGAUACAACAAAACUGCCAAGGUCCCGAUAAUGUCAGCGACGGAUUCAUCGACAGAUUCUGCAACCGAGACCAACUCAGCUUAUGCAACUCUCAGUCAUGAGCCAUAUACAAUGACAUUAUACGGGCAGAGUGCAUCAGUCACUUUACCAGAUAUUUCCGUUCGAACCGAACAAAAUGAAGAUAAAGAGAAUGUAGCAGGAGGCCGUGGCAAUGGUGGUUUGAUAACCUCUGUUUGUGUGAUUGUGUUGGCGAUGUUGAUUACUUAA